AUGGUUAUCCCUUCUGGCCUCCCCCUCCUCCCCUCCCUUCCUCCCUCCCGCGGCGCUCCCGCGAGCGCCCGGGAGGGGGGGGGGAACCCUAGUGUCGCCCCCGUCCCCCCUUCCUCGAGCCUCCCUCCCCUCACCGCCGGCGGCGGCGGGGCCCUCUCCUUUCCCCUCUCAGUCCGGCAGGCGCGGGCCUCCGGGUCGGGCGGCGGCGCGGCUUUCGCUCGGGGCGCGGCGGCAGCAGCUGGCGGCGGCGUGAAGGGGCUGCAGCAGAGGUGGUGCGCGGCGCGCUCCGGCGGCGGCGUUCGGCCAGAUCUGGGUCCAGCCGGCGAGGGCCACGGACGGCGCGUGCUGCGGGCGUCCGCCCCUACCGUGGCCUCGGCUGGUGGUGGUGGAGGCGCAGCGGCGGUGGCAGGUGGGCCUGCUGGUCGGGAUCCAGUCAUCCCGCCGGCUGGACGACGACGGCAGGGGCAGAUGGGCUCCCCGAUGAGUAUUCUUGGCGUUCGGCGGUUGUACUUGGGGUACCCCUUGCCGGUGGUCGGGUCUGCGUCGGUGCCCUUGCGCGGUGUUGCGUCGGCCACUGAGGGCGGCACAGGGGUGUGUCCGGUGCGGAGGCUGGCUGAAGGGAUGGGUGGCGCCGACAUGCUCGGGACCCCGUCACUGACACAGGGGUGUGCCGGUACGGAUGCGUCUGCUUCCCCACCUCCCCCUUUCCCCGACCGCGUGCUGGCUGUCGCAGCUCCGGCGAUGUUCAAGGCAGGAUGUAUGCUGCGGUUCGUCGGUCGGUGGGGCUCGUUUGGUGCAAAGUUGAUCUCUUUGGAUGGUCUUGGGGGUGUCUGGAUGUUGGGCGGCGGUCCUGGCGGCAGGAGGCGUGGUGUUCGGGGGCGGAACCUGCGUCUCUGGUGCGGGCGGGCAGCCAUGGUCUCGCGGGGGACGUGGUUGCGGGUGGUUGGCGAAGCAGGGGUGUGUCGGCGGGGUGCGAGCACCAGGGUUCAUCACCUGCACAGUCCUUUUCUAACCGUCGGUGGCGACGUCCGUGGAUGUCGUAUUCUUCUUGAAGGCUCCGUCACGGUGCUCCCACCCCUUGCGUCGCUCCGAGUGAAAACUUGA